AUGGCGUCGGUUGGUGAUGUUCCCGUCAUCUGCGGAGAGGGAUAUACUCCUACGGUUCCUAGAUCCAACGGCGGAUGGGGUGGACCCCUCAACGACUACGAUCUGAUCGAAGUCCUUGAUUCGACUGGCUCGUCGUCGAAGGAUCCUCUCGAUCUAUUAUCCUACAAGCAUACACUGGAUCUCAAAGGCACUGAAUUAUAUGCCGGAGCUCCCUCAAACGGACUCGAUCUCAGUAGCAGCCGCAGUAGAGGCGGUGGAGAGGAAGACGAAAACUUCCCAUCCUUCGAGGAACUGGUGCUCGGUGCCGGAGCAGCACAAGAGUCGCAACAAUCGGGCUUAAGACUAGGUGAAGACAAGGGUGCGAAUACCGACAGCAGCAGCAGCGUCCACUCUAGAAGCGACGGCUCGACUUCUGAGCAAGGCGGGCGACACUGCUCCCUCAACACUCCACGGACUUCUGUAGCAGGCUCAGAAGCUGGAUGUUCCAUCCUCCGCGAGAAGACAGAAGAUCCCGUCUCUGGUCCUCCUCCUCCACUCCCUACUACCCUCUCCUCGUCGACAUACAUUACAGGAAUCAGCUUCAAAAAUAUCGAGCCUUGUCACUCCUGUGGGGGGGAAGAGAAAGGGGACAAAGGAGCGAGCUACAGUACAGACAACAUCAUCCCAUACUCUCUCCGAUCGCCUAUUGCGUCGCCAAAUCCUGAUUCAUCACUGUGGCGGUCUCCACUCCAAGAAGACGCCGUAGGAUCAGCGGUAGAUCCCGCUGGCUCUUCAUGGAUGUGGAGCGCUACGGACGUUGAGCCUGUGACAGCCAUGGACGCCACCGAUAUUCAAGGUUCCUCCAAGCGCACAGCAGACAGUGCGGGUUUGAACGACGGCGGAGGUGUUCAACGGGUUGAAGAAGGCCCCGCGUGCAGGUCAAAAGACGCGAUCAUGAUCGAUAAAACAGAUGAUAUCAAUAAUAACUUAAGCGACCUUGAUUUCGCACGGAUCCGAUCGCAACCUAAGCCUGUUUUCAGACGGCCUCCCUUUUCGCGAAAAUUCCCGCAAUACAAGAAAACAACAAGCUUAAGUCGAUCCAGUGAAUUUGAUGACCCUCUCGUGGUGGAGGAUAACGACGAAAAGACUGGCGAAACUGACGCUUCUACCAGGGCCACGAGCGUGGAGUCUGAGAUUGAUACCAUACACCUCCAAAGCUCCCAUCCGAAGGAACAGCCAAAGACACACGGUUGCUGGAGUCUUAGUACCUCUGGACCUACUACCGAACCUACUACCUCGCCCUUCGAUCGCCCCAACUCUCCCAGUAUCGUACUAUCACAUGAUCGAAUUGAGCAGGCUAUCUGUGGAGGUAAUCGCAGAGCAGCAGUGACCGUUCAUCCCCCUCACGCCAUCACCGUCCCCCCACCACUUGCUGAGCGCCAUCAGGACCAAGGAGGUUCAGCAUUGGAUGAAGAGGAGUGGGAGAUCGUAAGGAUCGUUGGCAAGAGACGAAGGGGAAAGGGCUAUGAAUACAAGGUGUGCUGGAAGGAGACAUGGCUGCUCGAACGCGAGUUAGGAAACGCACAGGAACUGCUGCGGGAGUUUGAGGCGAAACACCAGGCGCAGCGGGGAGGCAAACGGGGAAGACCGGCACGUGCAGAUAAGGGUCGGUGA